AUGUGGCGGUUGAUCAUCAAACUUCUGGAACAGUUGCCAGGUGAGUGUCACAUCUACAAUUCCAUCGACACUGUACUCAGCAUCGAUGACGCUGUGAAAUAUCCAGUUGAAUUCUUGAAUAGUCUAACACCGCCCGGCCUCCCACUUCACAACAAUCACCUCAGGAUUGGGGAACCAGUUAUGCUGCUUCGAAACCUCGAUCCACCAAAGCUUUGCAAUGACACACGGCUUAUAAUAAAGAAGAUGAUGUUAACAGUCUUGGAGACAACAAUUUUGACUGGUAAAGCAAGCGGUAAGAAUUCCACUUAUUCCCUUGGAUAUGCUUUCCAGUACAAGUGCCUGCAAUUCCCGCUGAAACUGAGCUUUGAAAUGGACAUUAACAAGGUCCAGGGACAGUCCUUGGAUGUGGUAGGUCUGGACCUUGCGUAA